CACUUGAAAUAGACAGUCUCACGCAAGCGCAUAAAUAACGGGUCCGUCAUAGGUUUAUGGCAGCCUUGUUCUAUUAUUUAUGGACCUUUCAGAAACAUUUUCACCGAGCGUGCUUAAUUUGAUGUGAUCUUUAAGGUAAAGAUGGACAAAACUAAAAACUCCGAGAACCUCAAACGACACCAUCACUUAAGAAAUGAUUCGUCACGGAGCACAGAUAGUGACUCCGAUCAAUCUGUGAAACUACUGAAGAAACUCGAAAAAGAGCGACUUCGGUCUGUGGAAGAACGCAAGAAACAAAAAGAACUGUUGAAAGCCACAGAAACUGCCGAAGAGAAGCGUUUAAGGCGUCUCAAAAAGAAAGAAGACAAAGAGAGGAAACGGAAGGAAAGAAUGGGUUGGGAUAAUGAAUAUCUUCACUACACAAAUAGCGACAACCCGUUCGGUGAUGGCAAUCUGCUUUCCACAUUCGUAUGGACAAAAAAAUUAGAAAAAGAAGGUUUAACUAAUGCAAGUCAUGAGGAGUUAGAAGCUAGAAACCGGUUUAAACAAGAGGAGAACAAAAGGGAGUUGGAAAAAGUGAAAAAGAGGAGACUGGAAAGGGAGUUGGAGAGAACGAGGAGAGAGGACGAAAAUCAAUUGCUACAGAGAAGCAAGGAGGCAGCACAGUUCGAGGAGUGGGAAAGGCAGGAAGACCAGUUUCAUCUAGAACAGGCUAGACUAAGAAGCCACAUUAGAAUUCAAGAUGGCAGAGCUAAACCAAUUGACCUUCUGGCAAAAUAUAUCAGCGCAGAAGAAGAAGUGGAUGCCGUCGAAAUGCAUGAACCCUAUACGUACCUGAAUGGCCUACAGAUAAAAGACCUUGAAGACCUUGUUGAAGACAUUAAAGUCUAUAAGGAAUUGGAAAGAGGAAAGAACCUUGAUUAUUGGAACGACAUCACUGUGAUUGUCGAAGAUGAGCUGCAAAAGCUUAGAAAAUUGCAACGGGAACAAGACUUUGAUGCUGGAAUUGGCAGACGAGAAGGCAUUAAUCAAGCUGUGGCUCAAGAUGUAACUGCGGUAUUCAAAGGAAAGACUGCAGUUCAGCUGGCCACCUUGCAGAGUCAGAUUGAAAGCAAAAUCCGUGGAAAAGCCGACGGAAUCGACAUUGGAUACUGGGAAUCUCUCCUGUCACAAUUAAAGGCUCAUAUAGCUAGAGCCAGGCUAAGAGACCGACAUCAACAGAGCUUGAAGAGGAAACUUCAAGUUUUGAAGGCUGAGCAAGCAGUAACAUUACCGGAAGCAAUUGAGGAGCAAAGCAAACAGUCAACUGAAAGUGAGGAGGAAAAACUCCCUGAAGCACAGCCGGGAACUUCGCAACAAUCCGCUGAAGAUAGUCCCAGUGAUAACGAAACCACCGAAGAUGCAGCCAACGAUAUUUUGAAUGAAUGUUUUGCUGCCUAUCAAGCUGGUGACUACAGCCCUAAGUUAUUGUCUGCCGAUCAGAUAGAACCAGGAACUAUAGUAGUAUCUGAAGAAGAUGAGACUAAACGUCUAGAAUUUGCACGGCUGCAAGUAUUGGAUAAGGGCAAGAAAGUGGAGAAUGUGAUCACCAAAGAAGAACUUCUGCUGCAGAAGGAGGCGUGUAAAGGCAUGGACGACGAUGAGGCUCAAUUCAGCGUCGAACAAGCCCUAGACAGCCAAAUGUACUUAUGGUCUGAUAAGUAUAGACCUCGAAAACCGAGAUACUUUAACAGGGUUCAUACGGGCUUUGAGUGGAACAAAUACAAUCAAACGCAUUAUGACAUGGAUAAUCCGCCUCCUAAAAUUGUACAAGGUUAUAAAUUUAACAUAUUCUAUCCCGACUUAAUUGAUAAAAGUUGUACUCCGGAGUAUUUUCUGACUGCGUGUCCGGAAAACAGAGAAUUUGCUAUUCUUAGGUUCCACGCAGGUCCUCCUUAUGAGGAUAUCGCUUUUAAAAUUGUAAAUAGAGAGUGGGAGUACUCUUACAAGAGAGGGUUUCGGUGUCAAUUCCAUAAUAAUAUUUUCCAGUUAUGGUUCCACUUCAAGCGAUAUAGAUAUAGGCGAUAGAUAUGUAUGUAUUUGCUUUAAAUUUGUAGGGUAAAUGUUAUUGUAGACGGUUGCGAUAAGUAAAAAGUGAUGAUUUUCAUAUGUAAUAAUACAUAAAGUUAAACGUUUCCUAUUGCUUAUCACUUAUCACAUUGGUGCCGAAGGUACAUUUUUGGUGUACCCAUGUAACUUUCCUACAAAUUAUUUUUUAAAUACACUAUUUGUCGUGGAUUCACUGCAUUCAAUUCGUGUGUUUGGUGCCCUUUAAAUGUAUUAAUACAUAUUGUGAAAUGUUGGUAACUUCGAAUAAAUGCCUCUUUCAGUUCGA